UGGAGCUUGCAGCUCCAGUCAUCAGCAUUACCGUCUCCGUGGGGAGGGAGCAGCAGGCUGAGCCGUGCGGGGACAGUGGCGCUGGGGUGGCUCAGAGUCACUUGUGCAGUGUGGGUGGCAGGGCUGGCCAUGGGAAGGGUGGCCUGGCUCCCAGUGUGGGGGGGGCAUGGGCAGGAGCCAGGUGGGCUGCAGCCCCCCCCCAGUGUGUCCACGGGUGCAGUGGCUGCCCUGGCCUCUCUCUGUGCCACUCCUCCCUUCCCUCUCCCAAAGCAGGUGGGGAGGGAGCGGGCUGGGGUGCUAUUGCCCAGGCAUGGGGGGGGAAUUUGGGGCUCCUGCGGCCCUGCACAGCCCUGGGGGUUGGGGUGCCGUGACCCGCUGUCCUUCUCACAGGAUCCAAGGUGCUGGUGUGUCACCCUGCCUGGAGCCUGAGGUCCCGUGUGCCCAUCCGCCUCCCGACGUCACCAAUGCGACCAUGGGAACUGGCAGUGAAUAGGCGGCCACCCUCUGCCCCUUUUAACCAGCGCCGUUUCUCGGGGGGACCCUGCAGCAGCCCCGACCACCUCCGGCGAAGCCCCCCUGCCAGGCGUCAGUGGGGACGACGCGACCGACCUCUGGCAACCCUGCUGGGCCAGGAUGAGCCCCAGCUGCACCCUGCCUUCCCCCAGCAGCUGCCCGUCCCUGUAGAUGAGCCCCGCGCCUACGCUCUCCCCAGCACGCCGCCACGAAUGCUUCACCCGGCCGCUCACCCGCCCCACCAGAACCCAUUCAUGGUGGAUCUGCAUGACCAGGUGCACCAGGGACCUGUCCCUCUCUCCUACACGGUUACCACCGUCACGACGCAAGGCUUCCCCAUCCACGCCGGCCAGCACAUCCCUGGGUGCAGCACCCAGCAGCUCCCAGCAUGCUCAGUGAUGUUCAGUGGACAGCACUACCCGCUCUGCUGCCUCCCACCCCCGCUGAUCCAGGCAUGCGCCAUGCAACAGCUCCCCGUCUCCUACCAGACGUUCCCCCCCAUCAUCUCCAGCGACCAUUACAUCCUGCACCCCCCCCCGCCGCCAGUGCCCCCCCACCAGCCACCCCACAUGGCCCCCCUGGGGCAGUUUGUACCUCUCCAAGCCCAGCACCCACGCAUGCCUCUGCAGAGGAUAGACAAUGAUGUGGACCUACGAGGGGAGCAGCACCCCAUCGCGGGCUUCACGUACCCCCCGUCCCACCACGCUCCCACGCUGUCCCCCUCCGUGCCGCUGCAUUACCUCCCCCACGACCCGCUGCACCAAGAACUGCCAUUCGGCGUGGUGAGGGUGGCACCGCAGACAGGGGGGCACAGCAGUGUGGCGUUGGCACAGGUGGUUCUGCCCCCCCCAGGAAUGCCAGGGUGGAGGCUGGGGUUUUGCGGCCCCACACCAACUGCCCUGUCCUCCCCCCCCCCCAGCUCUAUGCUUCCCGUGUCACCGACGGCUGUGGGGCCCACGAUCAGCCUAGACCUGGACGUGGAUGAUGUGGAGAUGGAGAAUUACGAGGCACUGCUGAACCUGGCCGAGCGGCUGGGGGAGGCCAAGCCGCGGGGACUCACCAAAGCAGAUAUCGAGCACCUCCCGUCCUACCGCUUCAACCCUGAGAGCCACCAGUCCGAGCAGACCCUGUGCGUUGUGUGCUUCAGCGACUUUGAGGCCCGGCAGCUUCUCCGCGUCCUGCCCUGCAACCACGAGUUCCACGCCAAGUGUGUCGACAAAUGGUUAAAGGCGAACCGCACGUGCCCCAUCUGCCGGGCGGACGCGUCGGAGGUGCAGCGGGAGGCGGACUGAGGCUGGCGGGCGCUGUGCCGCACAAUUCGCUAGAGGACGAGGACGCCGGGCCAGGGGCGGGGGCCGCUGCCCGCUGCUAGGGCCUGACCCUGCGCUUACCCCCCCUCCCCAAAGCCUCUCCUCGGAUGUGGUGAGCAUUGAGCAGUCCGGGCUCCUGGCCAGCCCUCCUCCUCCCCGCCGGGGCACGGACUCGGCCGGACGCCUGCCCGCUGCGCUCCCAGGGCCCUGAAUCGUGUUGUGCUGGAGGCGGGAGGCGCGUGGCCGUGCCCUCCGUGCUCCAAAGACGCUGUUGUUCCUCCAUCACUUUCCAGGUCUUUGUACUCCGCUAGGGAAUUAGUGUUUUUUCCCUUUGUCACCUUUUUUUUUUUUCAUGGUAGGUUCCCCCCCUCUCCGUUUCCCUUUUCCGUUGCGUUUUUGGUUCUGUGGCUGUUUGACCCAGUGGCGCGCAGGCGGCUCCUCCCCUCGGCGUUGCUUGCGGAGGAUGCAGGGAGGAGAGAGGAGAGAGUGCCGCCGAUUUGAUGCCGGCGGCACCCUGAGCCGGAGCGCUGGGGCGGCCCCGGGGGCAGCCGGAGGAGGUGGCCAGUGGAGCGUGGCCAAGGUGGGACACCAGCAACCCCGCGGCAUGGCCGGGGCAGGAACGACUCUGUCCCCGCUCCCGCACACGGCCCGGCGCAGCCCCUCUCCCGCCUCGGCUGCCCUGGGGAGCCCCGGAGGGUUAUGGCUGCUUGGGGUCUUUCCCUGGUGGGAGGACGGUGCUGGCGCGGCCCCAGCCCCUCUCCCCGUUCAUUCCCCCGUGCCCGGCCGGUGCAGCUCUGGGGGCCAGGCCGUGUGGCAUCCCACGAGGCAGCCUGGCCUGGGGGGUGGGUGACCCCAGCCCCGUCCCAGUGGCCACGGGCAUGCGGUGUCCCUGGUGCCCCCCGCUGCCCGGCCCCCGGCUCCCGCUGUUGUUUCUCUGUCCCGCCGCCGUAAAUCGGAACAGCCCCGCGCCCCCGUCCUGCUGGCUGGAUGGUGCGGUGCGGUGCCCCCGGCCGGGGCGCA